AUGCUCUCUAGAUCCAGCUCCAAUGCCUCCACAAGGUCGGUACGUGCCGGCGGAAAGUCCAAGUCGACGACGGCCUACAUCUGUAAGCAUGAAUCUAUGAAUAGCCGCCUCAACUCGGUGGUAUCUGGCAUACCGCUGGAUAUGAAGACAAAAAAGUGCCCCGACUGUCAGACGGCGACGCCGGUUGGUGCAAUCCGGCUCCUUGCCGUACUGUGCAAGGAAGAGGUUAUGAAGGACGUGGACGCGGCCACAAGGCGUAAGCUGGCCGAAUCCCUCUUUGAGCGCCUCGCCGACCGUCGACGAAGCGUGCUCAAGGACGAUUGGGACGAGAUCUCCAUGUUGUGGGCUACUCUGUGUUACCUUUAUGUGCCUAUCGCGGAGCUUAAACACGUCUGCGGGACCCUCCGAAGUCGAUACGGGGCCGGCAUGGACAAGCUGAUACUCCAGACCCUCGCCCGGGCGGCGUGUGUACAAGAAAAUGUCUGGGACAUUUUCGAGCCCAAAGACACACCCAUGUUUUCAACGGCGAAUCACAUCGUUGCGGAUCUCAGAAAGAAGAACGGGCAGGUUGAACGAUUCUCGCAGGUAGAAGACAUCUUUAUCGUGGCCAAGGAGCUCGGAGGACUCUGCGAUACCACCGUUGCAGUCUAUAAUAAGGUAUCGCUCCGUCUUGAUCGAUGGGACAACUCGCGUAAGUAG